AUGGGCGGUCGCGCGAAGUCGUCCGCUGCCGCAAACAAUCUGAACCGAGGAGUCCAGGCGGUGGCGACAGCUGGUGCGUCAUCAAGCGCUUUGGUGCUCAAUGACAUCGAUCGGCUACUGCGCGUCACGGCGCCGGUCGUGACGUGUCGACGCAAGCACGCGCAGCUGGUCGAGAACCAAGCGCCGCCCCACAAAGGGCAUGCGUUUGCUCGCGCGGCGAGAACGUCCUCGUCGCCUGCGCCAAAGACGCGGCCGAGUCCAGCAUCGUAUGCACCGAUGCUCGUGGCCAAGCGGGUGCCCGGCCUCGCGUGGCGCCCGCCUCCACCGCCGGUGCUACCCGACCAUCUUCGGCCCACAUUUGUGCCACCGUGCGAGCAUGACAGCGACUCGACCGACUCCAACCCACCGCGCCCACGGGAAGCGCCAAAGACGAUCAAGCCGCGCAAGCCCGCCCAACGGUCGGUUGGCUAUUACUCCGUGUCGUACGCGCUCGUGGAGCCCCGCGUCCGUUAUGCCCCGCUCUUGGAGCAAGCAGCCAAGACGCGAGCAGCGGCCUCUCGCCGGCGCGCCUACCACCGACUCGUCGUGCAGACGUACGCAAGCCUUCGUCGUCCAAGCCAUGCGCUCGAGACGACAGACCGAGCGUCGCAACGACUUAAGGGGCAUGCGACGUUUUCCAAAGCACGGCAGCGUCCUGUGCACCGGAAUGGUGUCCCGUUGGAGCGCACCACUGGGCGCGACGUUGUGGUUUGCCGGUGCAAGCACGGUGCGCAGCGCAUUGCGUUUGCCAGCCGCCUGCAGCCCAAGGCCACACUGGGGCCAGGCGCCUACGAUACCUCGGGGCCGAAAGGCCGGCGCUGCGCAAUCAACUAUGCCAAGGCGAAAGGUCGUGGCGAUGCCAAGUUGGAUCCCUUCGGACGCAAGCUGGAUACGGGCGUCCCGGCAGGUGUGUCGGGCGCUGAGAGGCCGUCCUGGGACUGCCGCGUGCCGUCGACCGUGGACAUGGCGCGGUCCAGCGGCCGUCCACCGACCUCGCUCCAUGAGGACCCUACUUUGGCCCUCUCACCGCAGUACGGCUUUGGAAAGCCGGCGCCUCGUGGGCAUGUGCCAUUCGCAAAGCUAAGUCGCGGCAACAACCAGGACGAGCACCGAAGAGAGACCGAGGAGCUCGACCUUGAUGUGCGCUACAGCAGCGUCGAGCCGCGUGUCAAGGUACUCCCGUUUCCAACGGCAGCAACGUCGCCCACCGCAUGCGACGUGCCGACUCUCGAGCUCUCUCCAGCGUACGACGCCAAGUGGCCCAAACCAUUAUGCCUUGUCUCGAUGGCAACCGACCGGGCCGAGCGCUGGCCCAAGCCGACGAAGCAGCACCCCGAGCAGUGCGACCUCCAAGCGACCCCAUUGCACGUGCAGAGCAAGCACAAGAAAGCCGUGCAUGCUGUGAACAUGGACAAGCAGGUGUCGUGGCCCAGCAUCGAGCCCGACGAGCCACUCAGUUAUGAUGACAUUGACCCCUCGAAGCUCAGCACACAUGCGCGAGCGACGACAGCCGUCGAUAUGGCCAAGGAUGGGCGUCCGCGGAUCGUGGCUCGUCACGCACAGGACGACCGACCGCUCGACCUAUCGCCGCAUGCUGCCGUGCACAGUCGCGUGAAGCGCGUCCCGACCGGCGUGAACAUGGCCACGCAAAAGCCUCGUCCAGCGACCAAGCAACUGCGGCAAGCUGAGCUUGCUUCUCCGAGUAUUAAGGACGGAGAACGAAGGCGAGCGCAGAGCGUGGCGAUGGCAACACAGACCGGGCGACGCAGCCGCGGACCCGAGGCGGAGGAGGUGCUGCAGCUGUCGCCGCGCACGAAUGGUCUCUCGGAGCACCGCCGCGUGAAGGGCACGCCGGCUAUGCGCAAGCCCACCACGAUGCGAGAAAGAGGUGGAUGAAGAAUUGACGAGAGUAUACUAACGCAAUGGAGUUUAGUCGGAAUGUGUG